UGGUUUUUUGAAGAAAACUUUAAUGUCGAGCUGAUUGAGUGCUCUUCUGAUAUCGUCUGACGUCCCUGCGCUGUAUGGAAUGACGACUGUUGAUGUCCAUGUUUUCGGAAUGCGUUUUCGGCCAUAUUUAAUGUCUGUGCUGAUUUUGUUGAUGAAGUUCCUUGGGAAGUUGUUUUGCUUGAGGAGAAUUUCAUUAAUGUUUGAUAUUUCUUCCUCUUUUCCUUGCUCAUCCGUUAUCAGAGAGUGUGCUCGUCUAAGAAGACUUGAAACAACUGAAGUAUUUGCGCUGAUGGGAUGUGAUGAUCUGAAGUCUAAACAUAUGUUGUUGGAGUGGGUUUUCUUCCUGAAUAUGGAUACACUAAAAUCUCCCGUUUUCCUUUCUCUUAACUAGGCAGUCUAGAAAUGGGAGUAGUUCACCGAUGUCUGAUUCUGCUUCCGAAGUGAACUGGAAUUUGGGAGUUACACAGUUUAUUUUCUCCAGGAAUGAAUUGUGUAGAUCUCGUUUUGGUACCACAAAAGUAUCAUCCACAUAUCUUAACAAUAUCGUUUUGUUUUUCAUU